CGCGUCGGUGCGGCGUGCCCUCCAGCCCGGCUCGCCGUAGGAUUUCUCGUACGGGAUAACGCCCAGCGGGACCGCGUCCCACCGACGCUUCGCUGAUAAGCCUGCUGCCAAGGCUCCAGAGCUAGGACGAAAGAGGAGAUUUCUCCUCCUGGCAGGCUUUUUCUGCCUUGAAUGACAGAGAGGGCUCCCGAGGCUCCUUACCCGUCCGAAUUGGGACACAAUGGAGCUUUUCAGGCUGAGUCUGAGUUGCAUUUGUCUCCUGCCUUGGCUUGAGGCAGCAGAGGGACAAGGCUUCCUCAUCAGAAACAUCCGUCUGGAAAAAUGCAUCCAUGUGUCCCAUCGCGAGGCUGACGGCAUCGGCCUGGCUGAGUGCGUGCCACACUCCCAGCAGCAGUGGUGGAGCUGGGACCCAGCCAGUGGGACCAUCACCAGCCUGCAGACCAAGCAGUGCUUGUCAGCCCACAAGACACGGGAGUAUGGCCUGGCCAAGUUGGAGCCCUGCAGGAACGGGGAACACCAAGUGUGGGCCUGCAGCAAGAAGGGGCACUUGACUCUGCAAAGCUUGGGCUUCCACCUCAGCACCAAGGAUGGAGGCCACAAGGUCUUUGUGUCAAGGGAGAAGGACAAAUUCAGCAGGUGGAAGACUUUGGAGGAUGAAACCAUCUGUGCUGCUGCCCAGAGAGCUGCUUCGAGACCUGCUGAACCAAUGCGACGAGUUGUAGACACACGGGUGUGGAUAUAUGAAAGUAAAACCAUCGAUUCAUCAAGGACUGAUGCCAUGCAGAGGGAAUCUUCUGUGGGCUUCACUGACCCAUCUCUGGUGAAUAAAUUGAACAGCACGGUGGUUCCUGUGAAGACUAAACAGGCAUACCUCCCAGAACACGAGGAUGUGCUGUACAAUCACUCUAAAAAGCAUCAUGGAAAUCGAGGGAAAACCACUGGGGCUAGGCUUGCAGGCACCAACUGGAAGACGGCAAUGCUAGUUCUCAGCCCCUUGGCAUUCAUACUGGGAUUAAUAAUACUGACACUCAAUGUUCAUUACAACAAGAAGAAGAAAAUCCUCUCUGCUCUGAAGAACCCCCCAGCCAGCAGCAGCAGAGCUGACUUACAGGAGACGUCUCCCUUACGACGAUGCCCCCAGCCAUACCUCCCACCAUCUCGUUCCCCUUCCUUGCGGCAUGGAGAGAUAUUCAUUGAGUGGAAAGAUGGAACCAUCACCCCUCUUUUCGAUAACGCCAACUAUCAGGUGGACUAGCACCAAAAUAACACAGCUGCUGUUUCAUUGCUUGUUACUCUUCACCAUUCUCACCAAGAAGUGAACCUCCUUCCAGGCAUUACCAUUUUGUUUGGGGGAUGUAAGAGCUGGUCUUUUUUUUUCCCCUUUUUCUUUAAACACAGAAAUCACCCUAUGCAGCACAGGGUUGAAGCAAGCAGAGCAGACUUUUGUUUAGGCACCCAAUGCCUAAAUGCUUGGCUUUUCUAGUUAACAAAGCCCAAAUAUAGCAAAAUGAAGCUGGCAUCUUGCCAACUUCAACCAUCUAUUGUCCUGAAUUUCUAGUUACUGAGCAUAUGAGAAAGUAAAUCCUUGCAGACAAAGUAUAAUGCAAGCUCUGGUGAUCUUUAAAUACUUUUUAAGUUUAAACUAGCUGCCAACAGUCACAGAAGGCUGUUGAUUACUUUGUCAAUGUGUGAACUUAACUAAUAAGCACUGUCUUCAGGACUCAAAGAUGAGCCUCCUCUAUCUGCCAAAAUACUCCCCCCACUAAGUUAACACAGCAAAUCAUUUUUCAAAGUUAAAAAACUGCACUCCAUUCCUCUCUGCAUCACUGCAAGAGUCCUGCUGAGUAUCUGUCUCUCAAAACAUUUAUGUACUUAAAAUCUACUGAACCUCAUUAUAGUACACAUCCUCUUCCUUUACGUAGAAUGACAAGUUAAUGGUGCUGCUUGUUGGGGAUAUUAUCUGGCCAUUUUAUACCAGUUUCAGUCUGAUUUUCUGUAGUCACAUGGAAUAGUCAAUGAAUAGAUAUACUGCUCCCACUUUGAGCAGGAAUAGUUUUUGUUGUUAGUGUUUCAUGGUUGUUUUUUUUUCUAGAAAGGAGACACUCUUCAGCUUCUGCACUUCUUGCACAAUUAUCUGUGACCUGUCAUGCUCAAUUCUGAUCUUUACUCAGUCAAACUUGCAAUGUCUUAGCGUGUUCCUGAUAUUCAUGAGUUUAUGCCUUCCUUCUUGCUGAUCUUGUAACAUUGUAAACUGUAAUCACAGCUAUAAAUCAGGAAAUAUCUGGAGAAAUACUAACACCAGCACAUUACAGAUAUGAGCCUGCAUCACUAUAUUUGUUCAGUAGUGCAAAAGAAACUUACCUUAACAUUUAUCACUUUUUCCUAAGUGAAGAUACGCAAUUUCAGUGGAGCUCUGACUUCACAAAAUCACAGAAUGCUGAAGUUGGCAGGACCUCUAGCUGCUCCUGGUCCAACCAGGACAAGUGGGGACACUCAGAAAAGGUUGGCCAGAACCACAUCCAGGCAGCUGCUGAAGAUCUCCAAGGAGGAUAUUCUACAACCUCUGUGGGCAACGUGUGCUAAUGCUCUGUCACUCAAACAGCACAGAAGUGUUUCUCGAUGCUCAGACAGAGCCUUUUGUGUUUCAGUUUGUGCCUGUUGCCUUUCAUCCUAGCACUGGGUACAACAGAAAAAAAGCCUGACUCCAUCCCCUUUGCCUGUACCCUUGCAGUUCUCUACAGUUUGAUUUCAUUUAAUCUAUGGCAGACAGAAGUUCUCCAAGGCAUUCGCCUCUGACACAGACCUCCAGCCUGGUGAAAAGUUAACUGCUAUAUUAUUAAGAGCUUGGCUGGUCUCAAAAAACAAAACAAAACAAAACAAAACCAAAACAAUGCAGCAGUUCAGGAUGUAAACUCACAAACAUUAGUUAUAAGUGUCUUCCCCAGGCAGAUUAUUCUCUAUUUACUGGAGCAUUUCCCAGAUGCUUCUUGGGAAAAUAGUUCUGGACAUGGGCAAAGAAAGAACACUUUCUCCACCGGUAACCAAAAAACACAAACAAUAUUCAGAAUUACAUUUUGACUUCUCAAUACUGCCCUUUAAAACAAAUCCAAAGACUUUGUGUACACUUUUAGGUCAAAUUUCCAAAUGUGUAAGCAUCCUUUUACACACAAAAAUUAUGAGAAUACAUUCUGCACACACAUUGCUCAAAACGCCCACAAGAAUGCCUCACCACUUACCACAUUUAUAUACCUUUUAACUUUUUCUUUGCUCAGUUAAGUUGCUUGAAAUUCUGCCUAUAGAGCACCUCGUCUUACAGCACACAGCACUUGCUAACCUCCAAAAUGCUGGUGCACUUAGGGAGCUAUGCACAGAGCAAUGCCAUUAAAACACAUACAUGGAGUUCAACAAGUGCUGCGCUUCCCAGAGGAGCAAACAUUCACUACUGCUGAAUGGGCAGAACAUAUGACUUGUUAAAGAUGCUCUGUAAUUCAUACUUAACAUGCAAAUCUUUCCCAUAAACAUGAAGGCAAUCACACAACUGUUUGCAUAGUACUGAUUAGAUGGCAGCUUAAACAAUAAUGUAAAAAAAUAAUGCUGUGAAAUUGCACAGGCAUUUGACUGUUUUCAACCCUUCCCCCUUGCUAGUUAUCUUCUAGAUACUUCUCACUUGCUUAGAUUAUAUGCUGGAGACCAAAUUUUCCCAGAUACGGGCAGGGGAGCUGAAAAAUGUGGCAUUUCAUCAUGAGAGGUCGCACAUUUUCAGUUGUCCGCCAGGAAAGACUCUGAAACAGCUGAUGGGUUUGGGUUGGGGAUGGACCAGGUGACACUGGAGAGAUGUCUUCCACCCUCUGCUUCCAUCCAUUAGCUGAGCAACACACAGAGCAGUUGCACAAACCUGAGCGCUGUUCACUUUCUGCCAUCACCUGAAUGUAAUGCUUUUACAGUGUUAACAGUUGAAAUAAAACUUACCUGUGAAGUGGAAUAA